CAAGUGGGCCAGCCACGCAUUGCGGAGGUGACCGAGGGCGUCUUCAUCGCGACCGGCUACGACCUGGCCAAUACAAUCUUAAUCCGAACGAACGAGGGGCACGUGGUGGUUGAUGUGAGCAUGAACCCUGAGCGGGCAACACGGGUUCGACAGGAUUUGGAAGCCGCAGCGGGGAAGGCUUCUAUUCGAGCUAUCAUCUACACGCACAGCCAUGUGGAUCACGUCGGGGGCGCGGAUGCCUGGGCGGAGGUCGGGACAGAGAUCUGGGGCACGGAGGCUCUCACAGGGCAUUUUUUCAAGCAGUACGGCGCUUUCAGGCAAGCUGAGGCCCUCCGGGCCUCUCGCCAGUUCGGAAACCACGUCCCUCUCAGUAUUCUACCUUGCUCGGGCUUGGGCCGCAAAGCCGACAUUGAACUUACCUUAAAGACGAUGGCCUUUCUCAUCCCGACCCACACGUUCUCGGGGAACGUCUCGUUCUCCGUGGGCGGCGUGGACUUCGAACUGGUCGAGGCGCAUGGGGAAACGCACGACCACCUCUUCGUCUGGCUCCCGGGUAAGGAUGCCUUGCUCUGCGCAGACCUGUACUACCACUCUUUCCCCAACCUCCUGUGGUGGGCAAAGAUCUGA